AUAUAUAUAUAUAUAUAUAUAUAUAUAUAUAUAUUCUGUAAAAUAUUACCAGACCUUAUUUAAAUAAUUACAUCAAGAUGUCGUUGAAAGCCAAGGCACUUUACAGCUUCCAGAGUGAAAAUAAAGAAGAGAUCAAUAUUCAGGAAAACGAAGAGCUACUCAUUUUUGACGAUACUUCUUUAGAUGGAUGGCUACAGGGUCAAAACAGCAGAGGAGAGAGAGGUCUGUUUCCAGCCUCUUACGUGGAAGUAAUCAGACCCCGGUCUAACUCCAGCCUUACAGACAACUCUGUGAGCCCAGCUGGUUCUCCUGGCAAUGGCUCCUCCUUUUACACCCCAGACCCUUCACACACACGCUCCAGCCACGAGAGCUAUGACGAUGAUGAUGAUGAUGACUGGGACGAUUGGGAUGACAGUUCCACUGUGGUGGAGGAGGAGUCUCGACGAGGUGGGGGCGCUAACGGACAUGCCCACCCCUAUCAGACCCCCCACGACAAUGUACAGUACAGACCCAAGCCGUCCCUGGAGCGCCAAGACAGCAUGUCCAGCGCUAAAAGGAGCAGUAUGGUGGGCAGGAACCUGAACCGCUUCUCUAGCUUUGUGCGCUCCGGGGUGGAGGCGUUUGUGCUGGGAGACGUGCCCAUGAUGUCCAAGAUCUCUGAGACAUACGCCAUUGAGAUGGGCACCAGAGGACCCCAGUGGUGCGCCAACCCAAGGCCCUUUGUCUGCUCCAUCGAGGAGCCGAUCAAGCAGACCAAAUUCAAGGGCAUCAAGACCUACAUCUCCUACCGGGUGUCCCCCAGCCACACAGGCAGUCCUGUCUACCGGCGCUACAAGCACUUCGACUGGCUCUACAACCGGCUGCUGCACAAGUUUACAGUCAUCUCGGUACCUCACCUGCCCGAGAAGCAGGCCACUGGCCGAUUCGAGGAGGACUUCAUCGAGAAGCGCAAAAGGAGGCUGAUCCUCUGGAUGGACCACAUGACCAGUCACCCUGUUCUCUCCCAGUACGAGGGCUUCGAACACUUCCUUAUGUGUGGCGAUGACAAGCAGUGGAAGCUGGGCAAGCGGCGGGCAGAGAAGGAUGAGAUGGUGGGUGCCAGCUUUCUGCUCACCUUCCAGAUCCCUAGCGAACACCAGGACCUGCAGGAUGUGGAGGACCGGGUUGACACCUUCAAGGCCUUCAGUAAGAAGAUGGACGACAGCGUGUUGCAGCUCACAAACGUGACCACCGAGCUGGUACGCAAGCAUGUGGGCGGCUUCCGGAAGGAGUUCCAGAAGCUGGGCAGCGCAUUCCAGUCAGUCAGCCAGGCCUUCACCAUGGACCCACCUUACAGCUCCGACGCCCUCAACAACGCCAUCUCCCACACGGGCCGCACCUACGAGACCAUCGGGGAGAUGUUCGCAGAGCAGCCCAAGCAGGACCUCUACCACAUGCUUGACAAACUCUCCCUCUACCAGGGACUGCUCUCCAACUUCCCAGACAUCAUCCACCUCCAGAAAGGCGCCUUUGCGAAGGUGAAGGAGAGCCAGCGCAUGAGUGACGAGGGGAAGAUGGACCAGGGGGAGGCCGACGGGGUGAAGAAGCGCUGCCGGGUGGUGGGCUUCGCCCUGCAGGCCGAGAUGAACCACUUCCACGAGCGGCGCGCUGUUGACUUCAAGGAGAUGAUGCAGGCCUACCUGAAACAACAGAUCCUGUUCUACCAGCGCAUUGGGAAGCAGCUGGAGAGCACCCUCAGCAUGUACGACAACAUUUAACCUUGUGCUAGUUCCCGCUCCCCUUCCUCUAGUCUCUGCUCUCUCUGUCCUGCGUGUCUCUUUCUCUCUCUUUAAAGCCAGGAACCUGUGUAGGAGUUGACAAAGGUCACCAUUCCCACAAAUUGGAGAUCAAUUCCACUGGUCCUGUGCUGGGUUUGGAGCUGAGCUGUGAUGAGCUGCUGUUGAAUUCUGCCUGUUAGACCCAGGUUCACGCACUCUGUGGACAGCCUCUAGUAUUCAUCUUCAGUUCUGAAGGUUGAACCCCACUUGGACCCCCAAAACUACUAGUUCAAAAGGGAUCCACUGCUGGUUAGUGCACUCCAGAUAAUCGCCUGUAAAUAACGCCAGCGAUUUCUUCUCUGUGAGGGUUUUACCAGUGGGGUUACUUAGAUUUUGGAUGUUUUAAAGUGUAUUCUAUUCCUAGCUGCAAUGGAUUAAAGUCUUUCAGAAUUCCACAAUGAUUGACGUCCAUCUUUCAUUGUUUCUUUUGAAAGCAAGUGGCCAUCUAAUCCUCUGACACGUGAAAUGAGUGCUGCAUAAAUAAUGUAAAUAGGGCCGCCUUUGUAAAACUCUUUCAAGAGGAAGUGUGGAUGAUCUAGUGAGAAGUUCUGUUUCAGGAGUAACCCUGGGCGUUCAUAAUCUGCCACCAUCCCACGACAUGGUGUGUGGAGGACCCUGCCACCUUUCAAAUGACAUGAAUCCAACCUGCUGCCCAUUGCCCUCUAUCCCUCUCAACUCUCUACCCUGGCUUGACAGCCUUCAGGACUGGGUGACUGCAGUGGGUCAGGUGUGAGUUGCUUUACCAUACCAAAAUGUCUUUAACUGAAGCACCUUCGCUAGAAGUUAACAGUGCCUAUGUGAUAUCACCUUCUUGGGUAUUCAGGGUGCUAGCAAGCACCACAAUAGAAUAAGGUUUUGAAGGACACAGCUGAAAACAAUUUUGAUUAAAUGCUAAUCAACCACACUUCCAAUCAGGAUGCAGAAUUCCAGUACCUUCUCAUGUAAAAACUACUCCUGUCCAGGGAUAUUUAGGGGCUUCUUUUAUUCUUAACCUGAGGGUUGUAUACGCACUCUUUCAAAAAUAUACUUCUUCUUAUUGAAAUAAGUUACAAUAAGCAGUUAUAUUUGGACACAGUUAACUCAUUACAAAACACUAGUACUGUAGUGCAAAAUUAGUAUGGGCAUUUUAACACUGUUGCAAACUUGAUUUCCAUGCAUGUGUUAAAACCAUCAAAGAACAUUUGAACCUCAUUUUGAUUCCAUUGAGAGUUAAAAAAAAAAAAAAAAAAUCUUGUAAAACCUUUUAAAUAUUUAAAAGGAAGGAAUUUGUUAAAGACCUGAAAACUGUACGAGCCUCUUUAUACCUACAGUAUUUUAAAUAUUUAAACAUUGGGCUAUUUAGAUACCCUGCUGUUUAGAUCAAUUGAAAAGACCCCUUUGUAUUUUUCAAUAUUGCAUUACUACUACAGAGUUGAUGUGUCCAAAAUAUUGUGAUAGUAGUCCUACGGUACAUUUUGAAAGACACUUUCACUGUAUGUGAAAAAAAUAUUAUGACUGAAAUUUCUUCCCUUGAGGAUGGGAUUCAGUCUUUGAAUGGUGGCGCUGCUAUUGUAUGUGAAAUUGAACUAGUUAUCUUUUUUUUUUUUUAAAGCAGCAAAAUGCAACAAAAUAUUUUAGCAACUUUAUUUCUUAGCUGUUUGAUAAACAAAUGGUUUCAGAUAUAAUACAUUCAUAAAAUCUUUUCCAACAAAAAAGAAAAAAACCCUCAGGUUUUGAUAAAAAAAAGACUAGUUCUCUGAAAAGGGAAUAUUAAAAUAACACAUAUCUGCUUCUUAAAUCAAAUGUGGAUUAAUUCCUGUACCUUUCUGUUUGAAGAUGUCAAACUAGUCACUAUUUAUCAAAGCUCUUUACUACACCAGUAAUGCUACAAAGCUUCCCACAUGAAACAUACAUACAUACACACACACACACACACACACACACACACACACA